AUGGAGCACAUGAUCUCCAUAUUCAACACGCGUGGCGUGAUCUCAUGUGCCUUUGAUCUGCAAGGUCAUUUGGAAAACAUGGAGUGCCAUUUCAACUGGCAGUUAGACUGUAGCCCAUCAAAACUUGAGAACCUCCACCAAGAUCUCAAGGAUCGCAUUUACUUUGGAUGCAACUGGAUGUGCCAGUUGCACAGCCUCCUUGGGUACAUCCUUCAUGCUCUGGGCUCCAGGGACGAAGCCUUGACCCACCUGAAGGAAGCAGAGAAAAUGAUCAAAGAGGGAGAUGAAGAGAAAGACUGCCUCCUGCUGGUCAACCAGGCAAACCUCGCCUGGGUGCAUUACUUUAGGGGUGAGCUGACAGAGAGCCGCGCUUAUUUGGAAGAAGUGACUCGACUUCAGGAGGCUUUACCUGCCCCAUCUGGUUCCCAAAUUCACCCAGAGUUAAGUGCGCAAAAAGGCUGGGCAUUGUUAAUGUUUGAGAGAAACCACCAGCAACGAGCAAUAGAGUGCUUCAAAAUGGCCGUUACCAGUGAUCCAACGAAAAGACUCUUUCGCAAAGGCCUUGUUCUUGCCAUGGACAAAGUCUACUUUGGACAACCACUCACCCCAGAUUUAAGAAGAGAAAUCACAGACAAUCUUAGGGUUGUCAAACAGAUGGAUGAAAAUGACGUGUGGGUGGCGACACUGUACCUGAUCAAUGCACUUCGCAAUGGUGAGGACAGAGAGCAGUUUCGGCAACAGGUGAACACAUUGGCAGAUAAACUGAUUGCCUCUAGACAUCUUGAUGGUCUCAGCAACGUCCUUUUCCUUCUCGGUUCUUACUUCAGUGAAUAUGACAAAGCCCUAGAUGUUGCAGAGACAAUGUUGGAACAGUUUCCAGAUUCAAUCAUUGCGAAAAAGAACCUUGCUAGCAGCUUGAAGUGGAAGGUCUUUUCCUUAAGGAAGAAAACUGAGGAGCGAACAGUUUUGGCCACAAGGGCCAUUGGGAUUUACGAGGAGGUGAACACUAAGCAUUCUGUCAAGGAGAAUAUCAGUCUUGCGAAAAUGCAUGUAAACGUAGGCAAUACUGAUGCUGCAAAUCACAUCUACAAAAGCCUUUUAGAUCAAAAAAACAUCAGUGAUACAGAGAAGCAAUUCCUGUUCUUCCAAUAUGGUGAAUAUCUUAACUGGGAGAGAAAAAUGACCUCUGAAGCAAUAGACAUGUACAUAAAAGCAGUGCAGGUCCCUGUAGUCUCUGACUACAGAGACAAGUGCUUUCAAAAACUUGUGUCAAUUGUCAAAUCUGGGAGGCACAAAAGAUGUGAUGAAAUCUAUUCCUCUCUGUUUGACCUGCCCUAUGUUGGCCGCAGGCAUAAUGGACAAUUGUUUCUGAAGAAGUGAUCAUCACAUGGUUCAAGUACAAGUUUUCUAAAUAUCUUUCAAGGCUAACUCUAUAGAUUAAUCACUUUCUGAUAUUUCAAAUAGUAAAAAAAAAAUGUAAAAUGUGUUUCACGUAAAAGUCAGUAAAGUGUGAAACCCAAUACAGCUGAACACUCCUGUUCUUUUCAUGUAUUCCUUCAGGUUGCUACCAUAGCUCAGUUAGUUGAAGGUUAUUCCUUCACACAUCUGUUCAACUAUGUUGUGUUUUUUUUACUUGCUUCC